AUGGCAAAUUCAACUAGCACCAAUUUUCUAACGUUACCAGUGGAUCUUGUUUACCGUAUUCUGGAUCAUCAAUCCGACUUCACGAUUGUAUGCACAAUGAGAAAUGUAUGUCAACGAUUCAAUAGAAUCGUAGAUAGUUACGAUCGUUACCAGGUACUCACUACACUAAAACUCGCAUUUCACCAAAUUGGACAUGUUGGGGCACAACAUUUGAGCAAUGGAUUACGACACAAUACAACACUCACCAUUCUAAAGCUUGAAGCUAAUCGAAUUGGAGAUGUUGGAGCACAAAAUUUGGCUAAUGGAUUACGGCACAACACAGCACUCACUACACUAGAGCUCGCAACUAAUGAAAUCGGAGAUGAUGGAAUACAACAUUUGUCUGAUGCAUUGCAACACAACACAACACUCACCAUACUAAAACUCGAAGCUAAUCGAAUCGGGGAUGUUGGAGCACAACAUUUGGCUAAUGGAUUACGACACAACACAGCACUCACUACACUAAACCUCCAAUGCAAUCAAAUUGGAUAUGUUGGAGCACAACAUUUGGCUGAUGGAUUACGACAUAACACAACACUCACCACACUAGACCUCGGAGAGAAUCGAAUCGGGGAUGUUGGAACACAACAUUUGGCUGAUGCAUUACAUCAUAACACAGUAAUUGUCAUCCUCUAUUUACCUAUACUAUGA